UUGCGGAAGCGGACAACCAAUGAAAGGCAUUCGUUCGUCAAAAUAGUCUACACGUAUGUCACGUGAUAGUUUGCAAGCUUAGAUGAGUAUUCGGUUAACUUAAAACUUAAAUGCAUCUUCUAUCGAUUCUCGUUCGCACGGCGACAGAGGGAUCUGUCAGUAGGAACCGUAACAUCUUAGUACAUUAAUUAGCAAGGCAUUCGUUUCCGGGAUCCGAUCCAUGAUCAAGCAAGGCUCUUUAGAGUUCAGCCUAACAACUUUUUCCACUUUGGAUAAGCGAUUGCCCAAGGCAUGAUAUUGAACGGACAACGCUUGACAGGUAAACCGAGAUUUCUCUAAAUUUCUUAGGAGAUAUCACCUACCUGAAUCUAAACCUUUCUGCUGUUUAAUUUCUAGCAUCUAAUGUGCUGAGUGGAUUUCUUGAUCAAGACUGAGGACGGACGUAAAACCAUGUCUUUCUCAAUGGAUUUGCGGUUUUUCAGACGUAUUUUACCGUCUUACUCUGAUGAGGAGACGGUAAACUUUGCUAAGGCCGAUCAAAUCGAGAUGAUGACGCAAAAAGUAAAUGGCACUGCCGAUAUGAAACACUCUGAACCGGACACACCAAACGGGCACCUUCCAAGCUAUGAUUCUGGUGUUAGCUUAGGGCAGUCAACAUCCAAUACCGGAACCCCCGUACGCAAACCAAUUUCAACGUGGGACGCAGGAUGGAACGUAACAAAUGCAAUACAGGGUAUGUUCUUGGUUGCACUACCGUACGCCGUACUUCAUGGAGGUUAUUGGAGUUUAUUUUUUCUGCUAUUUGCCGCAGUCAUAACAUGUUACACAGGCCUUCUAUUGGUUGAAUGUCUCUAUGACGUCGAUCCUGUUACAGGGGAGAAAAUCCGAGUUCGUGAGACCUAUGUUGAAAUCGCCCAAGAAGUAUGGGGCGCCAGAUUCGCCGCACGAAUAGUGUAUACCGCCCAAUUCAUAGAACUUAUCAUGACUUGUAUUCUGUACCUUGUUCUCUGUGGCGAUCUUAUGGACAGUACAAUUAAAACUUCUUUCCCGCUAAAAAGCUGGACGAUUAUCUGUUGUUUCUUCGUACUACCGUGCGCAUUUCUUAUUAAUUUGAAAGCCGUUUCCCGACUUAGCUUUGGAUGCACUGUUGCACAUAUUAUUAUCAAUGUUGUUAUACUGGGCUAUUGCCUAACGAAAGCUAAUAAUUGGCAGUGGAAGGAGGUCGACUACCGCAUUAGUAUCCAUGAUUUCCCAGUCUCUCUCGGGAUAGUUAUAUUCAGUUAUACAUCUCAUAUCUUCUUGCCAACUUUAGAAGGAAGUAUGUCGAAUCGUGGAGAGUUCAAAAAGAUGAUGUAUUGGACUCAUGCAGCCGCAGGAUUCUUUAAGAUGCUAUUCGCCUACCUAUGUUUUUUAGUUUGGGGGCGUGACACCAGUGAUGUCAUCACAGAAAACCUAACAUCAGAAAUGUUUAAGGGUUUCGUGAAUAUUUUCCUUGUAAUAAAGGCGUUAUUAUCGUACCCUCUUCCGUACUACGCGGCUGUCGAAUUGCUAGAGAGGGCGUUAUUUCAGGGGAUGCCGACGACACCAUUCCCGUCAUGCUUUGCCCAGGACGGAUAUUUACAUGUGUGGGCGCUUUUUCUACGUAGCCUGCCGAUUGUGUUCACUCUUGUCUUAGCUAUUUACAUUCCGCAUUUUGGUGUCUUAAUGGGACUUAUAGGAAGUUUCACUGGUACCAUGCUGUCAUUCGUCUGGCCAUGUUGGUUCCAUCUGAAAAUAAAAUGGGACGUAACACCAUGGUACUACAAAGUUUUUCACAUUUUGAUAAUGAUCACCGGGGCAGCUUGUGGUUCUAUAGGUCGUGUAUAA